AUGAGGGCAGGUUCUGCGUUCUCCGAAGGUUCUCCGCCUGGUGAUGCACCCCUAUUGCAAAAUUACACCUCGUUCUCUACCGCUAUCAUUACUUUUGCUAUGGGAGUCAGAAAUCUUUGGCCUCUUGUCGAUGGUGCUGCUGUGACUAUCAAAUUGAGAGACUUCAUGGUGGAUAAUGGAUUUAUUACGGAUCACUAUCGUUUGCGUACUACAUUGAUUGGUGUAGAUAUUAGAGUUCUGAUAGAGGCGUUUGGUUACUAUGCUCACACUGCUCCUGGUGAAGCUGAUGCUGAACUAGCAGAGAUGUGCAAAAGGGGCCUUGUUGAUGCUGUUUUUACUAAGGAUAGCGAUCUUCUUCCCUUUGGCGCUCCUCGCAUCUUCCGACCCCUGCGCAUAGAUCAUAAGCCCCGGAAUUUCAAGGACUUCGAAACAGUUCUCAUGUACAACGCCGACGACGGUGUGAAUGGCAUCGGCUCUGAAACAGCAGCAGGUCUUGCCAAAUGUGGAUAUGGAGACGAUCUUCUCAACGCCCACAGAUCCUUUUCUACAAUGCCUCAGCAACUUGCAGAGGCCUUGGCCGACUCAAUAACAAUAUGGCGGACGAAAUCGAAUUCAAUACUCAUCACAAGCUCAGAUAUCGUAGCCCUUACAAGGCAAACGUGCUCCGCAUAUCCCAAUUCCCAUCACUUAGAGAUCUAUCAGCCCUCACGGCAUUUCUGGAACCUGUCACCAGCUGGUCCCGUUCCAUGGACCAUUCAAGAGCACCGAGCGCCUCGAAAUGGCCACCCCGAACACCCGACAUAA